AUGCCGGACAACCACGUUGCUGGGCUACGAUUUCGACACCCGUUCCAGCCUACAAAAAGCAUUGGCCAAGAGGAUGCACUCUCGUGCUUUAUUUACUUCCGUCAUACUGAUCCUGGGGACAUAGUCAUCUUGUCCCACUCCUUUGAGGCCGAGGACUACCAUCUAUUUAUGGAUUCCGUUCGCGCACUCUCUGUCAUGUUUGAAGAAGUCCGAAACGCAACCCAACAGGAUCCACUGUUGAGACAAGUCAUCAGCAGUUGCACCAUCGGCGAAAUGAUUGUGGUUACACAGAAGCUACAAGCCCGCGUCCUUAGACAGUUCCACAACGAAAAUUCGAGGGUCAACCGCAUAAAGGCUCUCGCUGACAUUUAUGUGUACUGGCCUUAUAUGAACCAGCAACUGGACCAGCCGGCCUGCUCAUGCAUCAAAUGCGCUCUCGCAUCAAUGUCGUCAGUGAAGACCACAAUCAAGGCAUGGCCUGUUUUAGAAGCUACAUGGUCCACUGUCUACAUCGAUUAUGCUGUACCGUUCAAUAGCCAGAACUUCCGCAUCGCUGUUAAAGCAUACAGCAAAUGGCCGGAAGUCAUCCUCAUGGAACUC